UUACAUCCAUGAUAACCACUACCAAAUUUGUGUGUUGCUUCCUCAUGAUACUCCUGACUUUAUGCGUGGUUGCACUUUCUGUUUAUUUACAGGGGCGAGAUAAAGAGCAUGUCUUCGUGUUUCCUGUGUGUGCUGCCUGCCCAGAAUACUGGAUUGAAUUUAGUGGGAAGUGUUAUUAUUUUUCUGAGAAUGCAAGGAACUGGACAUUCAGUCAGGCGUUCUGUACCUCAGUGGAAGCCAGACUUGCUCAGUUUGAAACCCUGAAAGAACUGGAUUUCCUGAAAAGGUACGCAGGUCCUUCUGACCACUGGAUUGGCCUCAGCAGAGAAUCAUCAAUUGACAACUGGGAAUGGACAGAUGGCACUGACCACAAUAGCUGGUUCAUCAUCAAAGGAGCUGGAGAGUGCGCCUACUUGAAUGACAAGGGUGUCAGUAGUGCCAGGUCAGACACCAAGAAGAAAUGGAUUUGUAACAAGCUCCUUGGUUUUCCAUAGACAUGGAUUGGCAUUUGUUAUUGACAACUACUAAUCCAUUUUCUGGUCUACCAAAACUAUUGCUAACAUGUUCAUACUCUCUAUUAACAAUGAGGGUACAAAUGUAUCAUGUGGUAGUAUAAUAAAGGCAUUUGGCAUAGGAUGGUUCUAAAUAAGGUUUUUGAUGAGUUGAUAAAAGAGGGCUACAAAAAAUUAGUGGAGAAAUUUCAAUAAUUUUAAAUUCCACUUUUCCACAAGCCUUUGGAAGCUUCUCUCAUACUUUUAUUUUGAUCCCAGAGUAUA